UUUCAAUGUCAGAAAACAUGGCGCAGUGCAUAACCAGAAUUGUCAAACGACUUGCUCCACCGGCCAGGGAGCUGCUCUCGCCUGGAGCCUGGCAGCGGCGUGCGGCGGGGUGCGGGGGUCAUCUCCACACGGCGUGCCCCUCUCUGCAGCGGCAGCAGCAGAGCUACGUGGCGCGCAGGGCGGUCCUCUACUGCCCCGGAGAUGACAGACGCAAGCUGGCGAAGCUGGCCACGCUGGACGUGGACUGCGCCGUGCUGGACUGCGAGGACGGGGUGGCCCUCGGGAGGAAGUCGGAGGCCAGGGAGACGAUCGCGGCCGCGCUGGGCGAGCUGGACCUGGGCAGGACGGAGAAGUGCGUGCGGGUCAACUCGGUGUCCAGCGGCCUGGCGGAGGAGGACCUGCGGGUCAUCCUGGGGGCCGAGGCCCUGCCCACUGCCCUCAUGCUGCCCAAGGUGGAGGGCGUGGAGGAGGUGCAGUGGUUUGUCGACAGGUUCCGGAGCCACUUGAAAGGACGGCCGCUGACGGAGCCGAUUCGCCUGGUCACCUUCGUGGAGACCGCUGUGGGUCUGCUCUACUUUAAGGAGGUGUGUGAAGAGGUUCGUCGGCUGGCCCCCAGUGCCGGUCUUCAUCACGAUGGGGUUGUCUUUGGUUCUGAUGACUUCUGCGCCAGUAUAGGCGCCACUCGGACCAAAGACGCCCGGGAGCUGCUGUACGUGCGGCAGAAGGUGGUGGCGACCAGCAAGGCGUUCGGCCUGCAGGCCAUCGACCUGGUCUACAUCGACUACAAGGACACGGACGGCCUGAGGCGGCAGGCCCGCGAGGGGGCUCUCAUGGGCUUCACAGGUAAGCAGGUGAUCCACCCCGGUCAGAUCCAGGCUGUUCAGGAGGAGUUCUCCCCAAGCCAGGAGAGGGUCCAGUGGGCAACGGCGCUCGUGGAAGCCUUCGGGCAACACCAGCUGGAGGGAAAGGGAGCCUUCACCUUCCGUGGCAGCAUGAUUGACAUGCCCUCGCUGAAACAGGCCCAGAACAUCCUGACCUUGUCCUCCACUGUACCAAAGUAAACCUCAGACCCUCCACACAUCAUGGGAGUGGAAGAACUCCAACAUCCAGGCUACAGAGUCAGACGGGAAACCCAAGUCUUGAGCCAAUCCUGGACCCCAAAUCCUGACUCCUGCAAAGUUGCAAAUAGUUUGUAGAAGUUUUGUGAUGGAAUGGGAAGCACAGUGACACUUCUGUGGUAGCUGAUGCAAUGUUUGGUGAAGCUUAUUGUAAAUUGUUGUAUUACUUAUUUAGAAGAAUUAACUGAGGUUUGAAUGACAUGAGAUGAUUACUACCUUGUAAAAUGUAAAUAAAAAUAAAUCAACAUACCACAGCC